GGGGCGGCGCGGCGCUGCCGGGGUCCCCGCUGAUCCUUCUUCUCCUCCUCCUCCUCGCCUCCUCGAUGUCUGCUAGCAAAGGUGCACCGAUGCCAUCCCAAGCACUUGAGGCAGAUGAGGAUUUGCAGCUGUGGAAAGAGAUAGAUGAUGCAUGUUCUGCCUACCUGUCCAGAGAUUCUCAGCCUCAGGCAUCCAGUGCACUGGAAGAACUUUGUUUUUUGAUAAUGGGAUUUCUCCAGAAACCACAGGAUUUAGACGAAAAAGACAACACCAAAAGGUUCUUAUUUCAUUAUUCUAAGACUCAUGACUCAGGCAACUCAGACAUCAUGUCGUCUGUCCUGCAUCCUUUGCUGCAACUCGUUCCCCAGCUUAAUGAGAGAAGACUGAAGAGAUACAAAGUGGACGAAGAACUUCAAGGUCCUGGAGGGAUUCAAAGUAGAGGCUACUUUUUCUACAGGCCACGCAACGGAAGGAGAUCAGUGGAUUUUCGCUAA